AACAUUUCACCUCCCCUUUUCCGCCAUUAACAGACCUUCAUACAUUUCUAAUUCCCCCCAAAUACCACCACCCUAAAACCCUACAAAUUAUGGGCGACAACAACCGUAAGAGGAAGCGCAGCCGUAAACACCAAUCCUCCGAAACCCUAGACUCCUCUCCUCCCGCCACCACAUCCACCGCCUCAUUCGACCAAACUGACGUCGGAAAUAUCGAACACUCCGAACCACCCUCUUCUCACCGCCGCCACCGCCGCUCCCGAAAAUCUCCCGACGCUCCCGAAGCCAACCAUGAGCAGCAACCCCGCCGCUCCGACACCACCGCCGCAAAUGGCGCUGCGGCGGGAUGGGAGUCAGUUUUAUCUGCCCGUGUUUUGCCGGCGAUGGAUGCGGUUGUGAAGGUAUUUUGCGUUCACACCGAGCCGAAUUUCUCGCUCCCGUGGCAGAGGAAGCGGCAGUAUAGUUCCUCCAGCAGUGGGUUUGUCAUUAGCGGUAGAAGAGUGUUAACAAAUGCUCAUUCCGUGGAGCAUUAUACUCAGGUUAAGCUCAAGAAACGUGGUUCUGAUACCAAGUACUUAGCUACUGUUCUUGCCAUUGGUACUGAGUGUGAUAUAGCUUUGCUUACAGUCAGUGAUGAUGAGUUCUGGGAAGGCGUUUCACCUGUAGAGUUUGGGAUAUUACCUGCUCUUCAAGAUGCUGUCACUGUUGUAGGUUAUCCAAUAGGAGGGGAUACAAUCUCUGUUACUAGUGGAGUGGUCUCACGUAUUGAGAUCCUGUCUUAUGUUCAUGGGUCAACUGAAUUGCUGGGGUUGCAGAUUGAUGCUGCCAUAAAUUCCGGAAAUUCUGGUGGUCCAGCCUUUAACGACAAAGGCAGUUGUGUGGGCAUUGCAUUUCAGUCCCUGAAACAUGAAGAUGCAGAGAAUAUUGGUUAUGUUAUACCUACACCUGUCAUCACACACUUUAUUCAGGAUUAUGAGAAGAAUGGAGCAUAUACCGGGUUCCCAAUUCUUGGUGUCGAGUGGCAGAAGAUGGAAAAUCCUGACCUACGCAUUGCGAUGGGAAUGAAAUCUGAUCAAAAAGGUGUACGUGUUCGUCGUGUUGACCCUACUGCUCCCGAGUCAAAGGUUUUGCAGCCAUCAGAUGUUAUCCUCAGCUUUGAUGGCGUCGAUAUUGCUAAUGAUGGAACAGUUCCUUUCAGGCAUGGAGAGCGUAUAGGUUUCAGUUACCUUAUAUCCCAGAAAUAUACGGGAGAUAAGGCUGAAAUCAAGGUACUACGUGAUUCGGCAAUGCACACAUUCAACAUCAAACUUGGUACUCACAGGAGACUCAUUCCAGCACAUAGCAAGGGUAGACCUCCCUCGUAUUACAUUGUUGCAGGAUUUGUUUUUACGGCUGUCUCGGUUCCCUAUCUCCGUUCUGAGUAUGGAAAAGAGUAUGAAUAUGAGGCCCCAGUCAAGCUUUUGGACAAGCUUUUGCAUGCAAUGCCACAAUCAAAAGAUGAAGAGCUUGUUGUUAUAUCUCAGGUUCUUGUGGCUGACAUUAAUAUUGGAUAUGAAGAAAUCGUGAACACCCAGGUUCUUGCCUUUAAUGGUAAUCCAGUGAGAAAUCUGAAGAGCUUGGCAAGUAUGGUGGAUUCCUGCGAGGAAGAAUUUAUGAAGUUUGAUUUGGAUUAUGAUCAGAUAGUUGUUCUUCGCACUAAAACUGCGAAACCUGCUACUUUGGAUAUUCUUACAACACAUUGUAUACCUUCUGCAUUAUCUGAUGAUCUUAAAACCUAAGCCCAAGGAAUCGACCGUUUUAGUUACCAGAUGAUGUUCAUCUUCUUCGCUAUAACAAGCAUUGAGGGAAAGGUACAGCGCAGGUUGAGUGCAGGGCUCUCCAAUUUUGGAAAAUGUUGAUGGUGGCUUACAAAGUUGCACGCACAGCCUAUGUCUUAGAUAGUAUAAACUCAUCACAUAGGGGACAGAUAUAGUUGUUAUUUGUAAUUCCAUUUUGAAUUUUAUGAGGUCCAUAUUUCAUUCAGAUUGCUUAUACAGAGUACAUUUUUUUUUUCUUUUGGAGAGACCUGUGUAAGUUGGACCUUGGAAACAAAGAGAGAUAAACUGUUAGUCUGUUACAGUUCUUAGUUACAGGUGCAAAAAAUUGUUGGAGGAUAAUGCUUUAGCAUGAAUUCAUGAGUCAAUCUGUUCUUAAUUGUUAAACUGUAACUUUAUAAGCUGCCAUGCGCUUGAAUUCUGGUU